AUGUCCGCAGUAAAAUGGUUAAAAAUGCUCGGAGCCGGAGCCCUCAUUUGCGUCGGCGGCCCGGCAUUCGUGCAAUCGAUCCGACCUACCGACGAGGAACUGUUCAAGCGCUAUAACCCCGAGCUGCAGAAGCGGAGUAUGGAGGAGGGAGAUCGCCGAGCGCAGGAAUUUGACGAUUACGUGAAUCGGUUGAAGCAGUGGUCGAAGUCGGAUAAGUCGAUCUGGUACGCUGCGCAAGAACAACAAGAACAGAAACGAAACGACGUCUCGGCCCAGAAGAGCCAAGCGAAAGAGGAGGCCAAGACACAGCGCGAGGAAAUGCGGAAGGAAUUGCUUGGUGAGAAAUAA